AUGAAGGAUACAACAUCUUCUUGCAUGGUCAUGGCAACUUUAUUUGCCACCUUCGCGUUUGCUGCAGCCUUUAUCAUACCAGGUGGCAAUAAUGAAAUAGGCACUCCAGUAUUCUUGAAGAACAGGUGGUUCACAGUUUUUGUUAUAUCUAAUGCAGUGACAAUGUUCAGCUUGGCAACUUCCAUAAUGAUGUUCUUGUCUAUCUUGACUUCACGCUAUACACAAGACGAUUUUCUAUUUUCAUUACCAGCAAAGUUGAUGGUUGGACAGAUUUCACUCUUUGCUUCAAUUGUUUGUGUGGUCUUAACAUUUAGUGCAACCUUCUUUUUGGUCUACAACAAGGAAAAGCAUGGGCCGUUGCCAAGAGUUGUUGCUGCUCUUGCUUGGCUUCCAAUCAUUAUAUAUGCAGUGCUAAAUCAUAGGUUAGGGAUUGCCCUAAUCCACUCGACUUGCUGGCCUGCUGUACUUAUGUUUUGA